AUGGCUGGCGUGUUGCAGGCACUAACUAAGUCAAGUCUCCGGCUCGUCCCGCACGCGUCGUCGUACGCUCGCAUUUUGUCCAAUUUGAAACUCACCGUUUCUCUCUCUCACUCUCACUCCCAAACUCAGCCAAAAACUCCAAAACUCAGCCAAAAACCCCAAAACACACAGACGCACACGCAUGCACCUCUUCCCAGCCGGCACACAACCGUCGCAUUUCAAAACCGACCGCCACACGCACACCGCAGCCAAUCAACACCCGCCAUCUCACCUCUCAUGGACUUCGUCGCCGGCUCUCCUUCACCGGUGACGGCACCCCGGCCCCCCUUCAAAACGGCGUCGGUUCCGGUCCGCGAGGACUGCUGGAGCGAGGACGCGACCUUCACGCUCAUAGAGGCCUGGGGCGAGCGCCACCUCAGCCUCAACCGCGGCAACCUCCGUCAAAAGCACUGGGAAGAAGUCGCCGACGCCGUCAACGCCUCCCACGUCACUGCCGACAACCCCAGGUCCCGCCGUACAGACGUCCAGUGUAAGAACCGCGUCGACACCCUCAAGAAGAAGUACAAGAUCGAGAAGGCUAGGGUUUCCGACUCCAAUGGCGACUACACCAGCCCCUGGCCCUUCUUCUCUCUCCUCGACUCCCUCAUCGGCUCAAAAUUCCCCAAGCCCUCGCCGCCGCUCCCUCGCCGGUGCCCUCCGUCGCCGCCGCUCCCUCGCCGGAGCCCUCCGUCGCCGCCGCUCCCUCGCCGGAGCCCUCCGUCGCCGCCGCUGCAGUGGACUUUUCCAGUAGCUCGGAGAUCGGCAACAGUCAAACGGCCGGCGCCGGCCUUUUUUCCGGCACCUGGAGACGAACCGGUGUUGAGUCAAAAAUUGGAUUUCUCGGCGUUUGCGGCGGUAGCUGCGGCAGCUGCGGCGGAGAGCGAAGAGUCCGAGGGGUCGCCGUCGAGGUCGAGCGUGGGAGGGAGUAGGAUGAGGGACCGUGAUAGGGAGGUUGGUUGUGUGGAAUUGGCUAUGGCCAUAGAGAGGUUUGCGGAGAUAUACGAGAGAGUAGAGCAGAGGAAACAGAGGCAGAUGGUGGAGUUGGAGAAGCAGAGGAUGCAAUUUGCUAAGGACUUGGAGUACCAUAGAAUGCAGCUUUUCAUGGAAACAACGAAGCAUCAGCUUCGAAAGAUAAAGCGCGCCAAGCGGUCAUCUUCAUCCCCUGGUCGGUGA